AUGUCUAUCCUUCCCCAAAAUCGUCAAAGUCCUCAUCCGCCUCCCACAACACAGACAUACUGUCUUCCUCGUCAGGAGACCCUAGGAUCUGCACCCUUGAUUCUGAUGCGGCCUCCUACAAGAAUUGAGGACCUUAAGGCCAAACCUGGAGUCGUUGUCUGCCAGCACUGCCGUCAUCUUGUUAUCACAGAAACAUCGCCAGAGAAUGGCUCAUGCACAUACCUUGGGAUCCUUGCAUUAAUACUGGCAGGGGUGUCCUCGUGUGGCUGUUGUUUGCUCCCUCUAUGCAUGACCUCAUGUAAGGAUAUCAUGCAUUCAUGUCCUAACUGUCAAGAAGAUAUUGGACUUUACUCUCGUAUCAAGGAGAAGACUUACCCCGUCAGACGGAUUGAUGAUCCUCAAGAGUUCCGCUGA